ACCCACCCCCGCACAUCGGCCAAAUCCCGCCGCUUUGCAGGUCACGCUCCCCAAAAUCCCCAUAUUUCGCUCGCUCUUCCCAAAGUCAACAACAGACAGAGCAUUUCCUCGAACGCCUUGUCUCCAUGGCCACCUCCACCCUCGCCACCCUCUCCGCGACGGCCGCCGCCGCCGGGGUCAAGCGCCUCCUCCUCUCGCCCCACUCAUCCUCCCUCUCCUUCUCCUCCCGCCGCCUCGCAUCCGCGGGCCCCCUCCGCGCCGCCGGGCUCCUCCGCGCGCCGCGGCGUGCCCUGUCGGCGGCCGCGUCCCCGACGACGGCCGCGGCGACCAUCGCAGUCGGUGACCGUCUCCCUGACGCGACGCUCUCCUACUUCGACUCCCCCGACGGCGAGCUGAAGACGGUGACCGUCAGCGACCUCACCGCCGGCAAGAAGGUGGUCCUGUUCGCGGUCCCCGGCGCGUUCACCCCCACCUGCACCCAGAAGCACCUCCCGGGGUUCGUGGCCAAGGCCGGGGAGCUCCGCGCCAAGGGGGUGGACACCGUGGCCUGCGUCUCCGUCAACGACGCGUUCGUGAUGCGCGCGUGGAAGGACAGCCUGGGCGUCGGUGACGAGGUGCUGCUGCUGUCGGACGGGAACGGCGAGCUGACGCGCGCCAUGGGCGUGGAGCUCGACCUGUCGGACAAGCCGGUGGGGCUCGGCGUGCGGUCCAGGCGCUACGCGCUGCUGGCCGAGGACGGCGUCGUCAAGGUGCUCAACCUCGAGGAAGGCGGCUCGUUCACCAACAGCAGCGCCGAGGACAUGCUCAAGGCGCUCUGAACCGCGGGCUCCUCCGAUCUCGCCGGUCGCCAUGGUUUUCUUAGCUUGGUUCGUCCUCUCUUUUCCUGAAUAUUUGCUUAGGUUUUCUUUCCUGAAUAAUCGAUGCGGCAACGGUGGCCUGUGUUGCUGCUGCGUGAUGGCACCUUGAUUUGGUGGCGAGUACUGAGUAGUGCAGCGUAUUACCUUACCUUUGAGCUGUCCUCUCGAAUCUUGAUGUGAAGUUUCUAGCGAGCUACUACUAUGCAGUAAGAUCUCGUGGCCGAGUCCUGGCUUGGCUUGCAAGGUGGCAUAUCACUUUCUGUUUGGUAUUUGCAUCGUAUCAUAUCAUACAUGCGUGUCGACUUCUGUUCAAGUUGUGAUGCGCACCAGGGCUAUAAGACGUUGUGAACUUCUGAUAAAGACUGAUGUCAAUAGAUUUCUGAAGCUACAGAAUUUUUAUUUUGUGGAAUCGUGUGGAGAUUCAGCAAGCCAGGGAUCAUAUGCCUCUUGGGCUCUUGGCAUGAACAAAGGAUCUUUUGGUUGUUUUCAACCCGUCAUAUGAACCAAGGACAAUCAUACCUUUUUUUUUAUUAA